AUGAUAGGUACGUCGAUGGAUUUAAAUGACUCAAUUGAACUUGACAAAGAAGAUAUAUUAACAUUUAUUACAUUCACGAAUGCAUGGACACAAUCUCGUUGUUUAUGUUUAUGUCGCGAUUCAGCUACAAUUGAACACUUUUCAUCUAUUGUCGAAUAUGUUCUUCUCCAUUCGAUUCAAAUAAUUCAAUCAUUUACCGUUGAAAGUCCUGUUGAUGAUUCUGCAGAUCCACAACUAACUUCAUGCAGUAAUAUUUUAACAACAACAACAGCAUCCAUCGACAAUGAUCAUUGGACGCUAGAUGAAAAAGAAAAACUACUCAUUUGUGUAUCACGAUGUUUAUCAUUGAAUUUACCAUUGUAUACGAUGAAUCGUAAUCUAUCUUAUCAACAUCAUGUUCAGCAUUUUCAAGAUCAACAUAAUUCUGGUUCAUCAUCACCGUCAACUGAUUUUAAAACCUUUUUACAAUCCUAUGUCAAUUUUGAUCAACAUCCUCAUUCAACAGCGUCACUCUACCUCUAUCGUCAUAUUUGUACAUUUUGUGAACAACAAGGUCUUCAAGCGAUUAAGCAAUGUUUUGAAUGUGUCAGGUCUACACGUCAAUUACCAUUACCAAUUGCUCACUGUUUAUUUAUGAUUUUAACAAAUUUAAGACAGUUUAUAAAUCUUGACUUAAUUAAAACCUAUUUAUUACCAUUACGACAGUAUGCCAUUCGAUACUUGUGUAUGUUAGACGAUAAUGAAUUGCGUGUAUGCGGACAAAAAAAUACAAAUGAAUUGUUAUAUGCAGCACUCAAAGAUCUCUACGUUUCUCCUUAUCGUCAACGAUCGUCAUCUUCAACUUCUUCGUCGUUGUUAUCAACAACGGUUACAAAACAUUUCCAUGCACAAAAUUAUCAAUAUGAUAAGUUGAUAUUAAAUUUAGCAUUAAAAUAUUUAACAUGUUCAACAUUAACAAUUCGUUUGACAGGCAUAGCGUAUAUUAAUAAUCAAAUUCAAACAUGUCUAGAAUAUUCACAAUAUCGUCAUCAUCGUAAACAUCAAUUGGCAUGUUGUACAUCACAACAACAACAACAUCAACAGCAACAAUUAUUUUCGUUAUCCGAAUCAGAUGAUGAAUCAACAUCUUCGACACAUUCCUCUCGCACUUCAUCUUGUUCAUCUACUACUACUCAACAGUUACAAAAAAAAGUUUCAUCAUCUAUCGUGUGUCAACCUAAAACAACAAGUAGUUCUGACGAUCAUCAUCAUCACCAUCAUAAACAUCAUAAACACCAUAAUGAACGAAAAUUAGCUAAAUGGCUAGUUGAAAAUAAAAUUGUUGAAUAUUUAUUUGGACCGAAUUUACAUACAGAAUUAUUAAAACAAUGUCAAACGAUAUUAAAUUUUUUAACAGAAUAUCAUUUUUUAACAUUUGAACAUUUAGAUCUGAUUUGGUCUUGUGUUGGUUUAACACAUUGUAGCCGUCAUAUUAUUGAUAUUUUAUUGCAAAGUCAACGUUAUUUUAACAGUAAUUUACUGUUACAUUUAUUAGGUUUAAUUGAAAAAUAUGAUCGACAGUGUUAUAAUGAACAUAUUUUAACUCUAAUUAGUAUUUUAACCAAAUCUUAUUGGACUCUUCUUUUAAUAUCAUCAACAACAAAACAACAGCAACAAUUGAAACGUCAACAACAACAACAAGGGACGACGAAUAAACAACAAUUAAAUCGAAAUAAUAAUCAUCGUCAGUUAAGUUUAAAUUUCUUAAAACGUGAAUUUCAUCAAAAUAAAAAUAAAAUAUUAACAAUUAAACAAAAUCAACAAUCCCCAUUGAAAAGAAUUAAUCAAAAUCAUCAACAUCAUAAAUUAAGAAGUAAAAACUAUUUAAUAUUGAAACAAACUUCACAAUUUCCACGAGCAAGACAAAUAGCUCGAUCAGAAAGAAAAUCCAUCCAACAGGAAGCUGUUCUUCGUCGAACAUCACCUGUCUAUCCCAUGACACCUAUAUUAAAAAAAAAUUUGAAGAAAGAUCAACAACAAAAUAAUGAUGAAAAUCAUGAAGAAAUAAUUAUUGUUGAUGAUCAAACUUUAGGUAUGGCAAUGAAAUCAGACGUAAAACAAAUGCAACAACAACAUUCAAAACUAGAAAAAUGUUUAAUUAGUCCCCGGCAACAUCAGAGACAACAACAACAAGAACAAAUAUUAUCAUUACAACAACAGAAUAUUUUAAAAGUAGUAAAACCACCGUUACAAUCAUUAACAAACAAAAGUGUCAAUAAAUCAUUAACAUCACAGCAACAACAACCAAAUACGGGCACUUUAUUAACUCGACAAAUAGAAAAAACGGCGGAAAAUCCGACUGUUGGAGAAGAUGAUUGGUCAGAUGAAGAAGAAGAGGACUUAAAUGAAGAUUGUGAUACAAGUGCCUACAAUCUAGAAACAAGUGGUGAUAUAAUGAAUGCAUCAAAUUCAUCCGAGCAGGAAGACGAGGAAGAAGAAGAGGAUGGUGAAUCAUCUACGAAUGAAAAUGAAACACCUGCUAUUGUUAUGUCAAAUCGAAGUGAUGAUGAAGAAGAAGACGAUGAAGACGAGCAAGAUACGUCUGGUGUAUCUCUAAUGAAUACCUUUCAACCACGCAACCCAUCAACACCAAGAAAAAGACUCUCAUCGUUAACGCAAGCUUCCGGAUUUUUAGUCAAUAUGGAAAUUGAUGAGAAUGAAGAUGCUGAAGGAGAAGAUGAAUCAGAAGAACUUGAAAGCAAUGGGGAAAAAGUUCAAAACUUAAAAAAAAAAUCAGAAGAAACCCAUCAAACAAAAAAAUCUUUAGAUAAAAAAUAUUCACCAGACAGUGCUGAAAGUCAAUCAAAUUCACAAACUGGCUCAUUACCAUCAGAAAUGGAAAUGGAAAUAUAUGAUUGUCAAGACACCAAUGCUAAUGAAAGAAAAAGACAUCGUCAUGGAGAUGAUGACGAAGAGUAUGCAUCGUCUAACGGUUCGGAUAUUUUGAGUGAUACAGGUUCGGUUAAAAAUAUGGCUGAUUUUGAUGAUCAAAGUGAAAAUGAUGAAGAAAGUAGUACACGAACACAGCCAAUAAUCGAUACGACUACUGCUCAACAACAGCGCGCUACAUUGAUUGUUACGAAAAAACAUCAACAACAUCAACGUACAAAGCGUAAAACAAGUGAAACAAGUCACUCAUCUCAAUCAUCGUCUGGUGGUUCGUCAAGCAUUUCGUCAACAUCGACAAAUAGUGAUGGAAAUAGUAGUAAAAAUGAAGAAGAAAUUAUUCUUAGUCAAUUAUCAAAACCUGGACAAACACUUUUGUGGGAUUUGUUGAUGGAACAAGAUAAAACAUUACGCUUGCAAGAUCCAUUACUUCAAGAAGCCGAACGUUCAUUUGGACAUUUAUUAAUAUCGUGUGAUGACAAACGAAUUGUUUUACAUUUCAUAUCAGCCAGUUUAGAUAAUUUGAGAAAAAGCAGUUCCAGUUUAGUUUCAUUACGUUUAUUACCCAAAUUAUUUUCAUUCUUACAACAAAAACAUAAUCGUCCAAAUCAGAGUGUACUUAAUAUUUUCGAUGAAAAAUAUCAUAUUUUAAACGCGUUUUUUAACGACUUACAACAAUUGGCAAGAAAAACACUUGAGCAACAACAAUCACCAACGAAUGGGUUGUCAACAUCAAUUCAAACUGAAAUACAAGUUCGUCUACAAUUUUUGACCUGUAUAUUUUCCAGCAAUGUAACACCAAAAGAAUUUCAUUUAACUCAAACUCAAGCAACAAUGUUAUGGGAUUGUUUAACGAUUAUUAUGGCGUCCGCAUCAUCAUCGCCUAGUCGAGAAGAUUUACACACAUGGUUAUUGAAUCAAUUGAAAAAUCGAGAUGGUGGUCAUGCAUUGUCCUUAGAUACGUUCAAAUAUCUUUUAAGCGAAAAGUUAAUAACUUUGAAUCCUGAACAUGCUUGUUGUCAACAAUUGAAUUUAAUUCAAGAUAUUCUUCAGCAAUAUCGUGUUCAUUGUUGUACAUCCUUGCAACAUCAACAACAACAUGAACCACAUCAAUUAUUCCAGUUUCAACAACAAUGGAAUGAAUUUCAUAUGUUUGAAUCAAUGAUUCUAAAUUAUAUUAGUGAUGUUGCUAUGAAAGCGUAUGAUCAAAAUGUUGGUACCUUAGCGGCACAACAUCUAAACAUGUAUCAAAUACAAAAUGAAGAUGGUACAUUAGAACGUGAAGAACAAUUUAUUAAUCGAUGUAUGUCAUGUUUAAAACAAAUAUGUGAUGGUGGUGAAACAACUAAAACACUACCAGAAAAUAAACUAAGAAUGAUUACAAGAAUAACAGUAUUAUUACGAACACAUUUAGAUUUAUUUAUGAAACGUUAUUCGUUUGUUAUAAGAAUGUAUCAGUUUAUGUUUAACGAACAACAACAGCAAGAAUUAUCAUUUGUUGAUAAAAAUGUUCAUUUUCAACAAAAAAUGUUAAAAUCUCAUUUGAAAUACAUUGAUGAAUAUCAACAUCAAUCUCAACAACGAAAUGAUUGUUUAAAAUUAAUAUGUAAUUCAACGUUAAUUGGAAAUCAAACACCCGAUAAAAUUAUUUUAAGAAUGUCUCCCACUGAAUAUUUGGGUGAUUUACGAGCAGAAUUAACACGAUGGUAUUCAACAAUAAAACAAACAAUUUUAACUACUACAACCACCACAACAUUAACAACAGUUGAAAAAACAAAUGAAAAUACAACAACAAUUGUACCACCACCACAACGACAAACAACAUAUGAUACACAUAUUCGAAUUGUUACCAAUGGACAAGAGUUAGAUCGAGAUAUGGAUGAAAAAACAUUAGCUGAAUGUAAUUUAAAAGAUAAUCAAGUGAUCAUUGUUUCUUCGACACCACGUAUACGAAUGAAAGAUACGUGGGCUAUUGAAGAACGUUUAUUACGAGAUUUUAUACCACAUAAAAUGCCAAUGAUUAUAUUAUUACGUGAUGAUUAUUUUGAUCAAUUUUUUAAUAUAUUAGCUCAAUUACAAUUACUUGUUGAAUCAUCAACAGAUCAUACCGAAGCUCGUUAUCUUGCUCAUCGUAUAUGGGAAAUUUUAUUAUUGAUUCCUACUCAUAAUGGAUUACUCGAAAAACUUGAACAACUUCAUUUAUUUGAUAAUGAACAAUGGUCAAAAUAUUUUAAUCGUAAUGAUCCGUAUCGUUUAACAUACUCGUUACAAAUAGUGGACAUGUUAAUACGUAAAAAUCAGAUUUUAACCGAUGAAUCUACUCUAACUUAUCGUGAUUUAUUUACUCAAAAAAAUGGAAUUAAAUAUUUUUAUGAAAUUCUUAUAUCAAGAUGUUUAUUACCCGUAAAUGAAAAUAAUUGGUGUCAAGCUUUACCAGACGCAUUGUAUCGUCUAUUACAUGUCUUGUCUCAAUGUUUAUUUAAACCUCAACGAACUGUUUCACAACCUACACCACCCGUUAUUCCUCCACCGCCAUCUCUAACAGCCUCAACAACAGUUGGAACAUUUGAAACAAUAAAUGGAGGACAAUCAUCGAAGAAAAAACCACGUCGCGAAAAUGGGAGUGCGCCGGCAAUUGUAGCCGCUCUGACAUUGCAAGAUUCUAUCAAUGAACAACCUCAACAACAACAAAAUCAUUCUGUAUCACAACCACCUCCUGUACAACAACAACAGCAGCAUCAGUAUGCAAUAAUUGAACCUAAUUCUGAAAAUUUAUCGUUAAUUGAUAAAGAUUUAUUAUUGCAAUGUCUGAUCGAUAUUCAAUUAUUAAUUAUUAAUAAAACUACAUUGCCACAAGUUGUUUGUCCGUGUAUGUAUGCCUUCUUUGCUAAUCGAACAGAAAUAUUGCAUCAGUCAAUGACACUCUUAACUCCAUUAUGUUAUUAUUAUGAAAGUAUUCGAAGUCAAUUUUUAAAAUAUGAACAAUUAAAAUUAUGGUUAAAAACAUUAAUAUUAGAUGCACAUGAACCAAUGUUAAGACGUGAAGCAGCUCUAUGUAUAUUUCGUUUAAUCAUAGCACCAACAACUUCACAAGGAUCAACAAAUGUUUUAAGUCAAUCAAUUUCAUUAAAUCCAUUCUUGAUUCCUAUUGAUAUACCACCUCCAACUCAACGAUUACUGGACGACGAAAAAAGUUUAACAUUAUCAGCUAUUGCUCCAACUUCUCUUCCUUCAAGCGAUCAUCUACCAGAACGUGUUUGUCUUCUACCAAUUUUAACUUCUUUACUCGAAUUAUUACCAUAUACCCUAAAAUUUUCGUUAAACGAUUUGACUCCAUAUAUUCCCAUGCCUAAUUCAUUGAAUAUAUCUGUAUCAUCAUUAUUUUCACAAUUACCAUUGCCUGUUAUAUCUCAAUCAACUACAAAUACUAUCACAAAAACGAAUUCACACGAUCUUUCACAACAUUAUCCACUUCUUGUACUUCAAUCAUGUCAUGAGUAUUUUUUAUUAUUAACAUGGAUUAUUGAUUGUAUGCGUCUUGAUGAAAUUAAAUCUGUUAAAAUUACUAUUGAUGAACAACAUGAUAAUAUUAAUUUUAAUCAAUUAGUUGAAUUAUUAAUGACCUAUAUUCAUGAACGUUUACCGUAUGAAGCACAGCGCGAAAAAAUUGUUGAAGAUGAUGUUUUAUACGGUUUACUCUGUUUAUUAUCAUCAAUUAUUAAACAAAAUAAUUCACAUUUAAAUAAAUUUCCAUCAUUCUUAGCGAAUUCAAAUUAUAAUCAAAUGACAUUAUUAUUAGUUGAACGAAUCUAUAAUUAUCUAUUUGAAUUACCAACAAAUGAACAACGAAAUGUUCCAAAAUGUAAAUCACAGAUAACACGUCGUAUUUGUUAUGAAUUAUUAGUGGAAUUAGUACGUUUAAAUAAGGAUAAUUUUAUUUUCUUACAAAAAAAAUUAUGUGAACAACAUCAUUGUAAGACGCAACAUUUACCAUAUCAAUGGGAAUAUUGGCCAAGAGAUGAUGGACGAGCUUAUUGUGGAUACGUUGGUUUGACAAAUUUAGGUGCCACAUGUUACAUGGCUACAAGUAUGCAACAUUUAUAUAUGAUACCUGAAUUACGUGCAGCCAUAUUAAAAACGACUAAUAAUAAUAGUAAUAAUUUAUCUAAUGAUAAAAAACAUGGACAGAUACUUUAUGAAUUAAAACGAAUGUUUGCUUAUCUAUUAGAAAGUGAACGAAAAUCUUAUAAUCCAAAAACAUUUUGUAAAGUUUAUACUAUGGCACAUCAACCAUUGAAUACUGGUGAUCAAAAAGAUAUGACAGAAUUUUUUACUGAUUUAAUAACAAAAUUAGAAGAAAUGUCAGAUGAAUUAAAAACAUUAGUAAGAGAAUUAUUUUGUGGUAUUUUAACCAAUAUUGUUCUCUCAUUUGAUUGUCCACAUUUAUCACGUAAAUUAGAAGAAUUUUAUACUGUUCGAUGUCAAGUGGCUGAUAUGAAAGAUUUAUAUGAAUCAUUGAAUGAGUUAACUGUGAAAGAUACAUUGGAAGGUGAUAAUAUGUAUACAUGUUCAAAAUGUGCAAAAAAAGUACGAGCUGAAAAACGUGUAUGUUUUCGAAAAUUACCAAAAAUUUUAUGUUUAAAUACGAUGCGUUAUACAUUUAAUAUGGUGACAAUGCAACGUGAGAAAGUUAAUACACAUUUUUCAUUUCCAAUGCAAUUAGACAUGAGUGGCUAUAUGGAGAAAAAUUUGAUUGAUCCAGAUAAAUUAGUAGCUGAUGAUGAUGAAAAUAUACAAAAUGAAAGUAUGAAUAUGUCUACCACAUCAACGGCAAAUAAAUCUGUAAAUACCCCUUCAGAAUUAUCUCUCUUUGAAUUAAUUGGUGUUACUGUUCAUACGGGUACUGCUGAAGGUGGUCAUUAUUAUAGUUUCAUACGUGAUCGUGUUAAACGGCAUACAGCAUCAACAACCAGUAACGCAACUGAUGAACAACUACUACCACAACAGCAAGAUUCUCAACCGCGUUGGUAUUUAUUUAAUGAUGCUGAUGUAAAACCAUUUGAUCCAAAUCAAAUAGCUAAUGAAUGUUUUGGUGGUGAAAUAACAAGUAAAGGUUAUGAUCAAGCGCAAGAUCGAUUUCUUGAUUUUCAGUUUGAAAAGACACAUAGUGCCUAUAUGUUAUUUUAUGAAAGAAUUGAUCAUGUAUCAUCAUCACCAACACAAGUUGAUUUGGUUGCACAAGGACAACAAUCACAACCUCAACAAAUUGAUACAACGAUUUCUCUAUUAUCACCAGCAGCAACAACAACAACAACAACGACAACAUUACUAUUAAAAGAAAAUCAAAUAUAUUCGAUACCAGCUGAUAUUGUCGAUUGGAUUUGGGAAGAUAAUCGACGUUUUAUUCGUGAUCGUCAUCUAUUUGAUCAUCAUUAUUUCACAUUUAUGUGGCAAAUAUGUCAUCAACCUAUGAAUACAAUUAUCAAAGAACAAGAUCAAUCAUCAUUUUUCCUACUACCCAUUCAAUUAGCUAUUACAUUUGUUUUUGAAACAUAUAUACAUGCAAAAGAAAAACCAACAAUGUUAAAUUGGGUUGAAUAUUUAUCAAAACAAUUUACAGCAUCAAAACCAGCUGCCAUCUGGUUUUUAUCACAUAUGACCAAUGAUGAUACAUGGCUAAUUAAAGUACUUGUCAAAUGUCCAAAUCAUACAAUUAGACAAAUGUUUGAACGUGUUUUAUUAGAUGUAUUGCAUAAAUUAAGAUCAUCAUCCGAUUCGCAAAGCAAUCUUUCUGCUGACAGUUCAUCCGUUGUUGUUCAAAAAUUUCUUCGAAAAUAUCUCUCUCUUUUAUCGGACGGUCUUCGUUUACCGAUUCGUUAUAUGAGCGAAUAUUUUGCGUUUUUACAUGAUUUUGCUCGUAAUGGAUGCGAUGAAUGUUAUCUAUUAUUAGAUUGUUUGUGUAUUAAACAAUUAGUCACUUUUUAUAUGUUGCAUCGUCGACAGCAAAAAUCAUCACAACAAAAUCUGGUCGGUAAUGAUGAUCAAAGUAAUUCAGAAGAUGAACAAAAUCCAUCGAUACCACAAUCAAUUAAUAAUACAUCAUCAUCAAAUUGUUGUAUCGAUGAUGAUGUUAUACCACUAAAUGAACAUCAAUCAACACGUUUAAAUCGUCCAGCUAUCUUUGAAAAAAUGUUUCCAUUAAUUGUUUUACUAUUAGAAGCAGCUCGUUUAAGAACGCAACCAACAUCAUCAUUGAGUCCACCAUCUUCAUCUCAACAACAAUUACAAGGCUAUGAAUUAAAUGAAGCUGAUUUAUCAUCGUUGAUUGGUACCGAUGUGGAUUUUCAAUUUAUUCAACAACAAAUUCUUGAUAAUAUUAAUUUGAAAUCAACAGCAUCUAUAAUUCAAUUAAUAUGUUAUAAUAAACAUAUAUUAGCGAAUAAAUUAUGUACUCUACUGUGUACAUGGAUACAUAAGUAUCAACAAGAUGCAAAUCAUUUACAGGCAUUUUUCAAAAUAUUUACUUAUCUUGUUGAACAAUAUCCACCUAUAACGCUGACGACAACUAAUGAUACAUCAAAUAAUACUAAAUCUCAAAGUGAUGAUCAAUCUCAAUUUGAAACGAUAGUGCGUCCCGAUUUAUCAUGGACAAAUUUUUCAACAUUAAUUGUUCAUCAUAUAAAUAAAUUAAUUGAAAUAUGUGCCGUUCAAGUAUUUGAUUGGUUUAAUACUGUUCUAUUGAAGUCAUCAUUUAUUCAACAAUGGGUAUUAAACAAUAUUCGUCCAUGGUUAAAACCCUAUUUAUUAUAUAAUUCUCAAACACGAAUUCGGACAUUAAUUGCUCAAUUAUUAGUUACACUUGUACCAUCACAAACAUUUCGUCAAACGUAUCGUGCCACUAAAUAUUAUCAAACUUUAUCUCGUCAACCAUUAUCAACAACAAUAACAUCAACAGGUAGCAAUUCUGGUGCAAUAACAUCGUUAUUAAAUAUUCAAACAACAACGAACACAACAGCCAUUUCAAAUGCACCGUUAGCACAUCUGUUUGAUGUACAACAAUUUCAGCAGUAUCCAGCUGAUUUUACACAAGAAACACACGAUAUUAUUAAACAAUUGCUCUUUUAUCUGUUAAAUAUACUUAAUGAUAUUAAUCAGGAACAAUUGCACGAUCAUCCUCACAUUUUUGAUAGUCAACAACGUCUGACACAGUAUGCUUCCUGUCUUAUUCAUUUUACACGUUAUCCAAAUGAAAAAUUAUUAGCAAUAGAAUAUAUACGUCCAUUGUGUACACUAAUGUUAUCGCCAAAACUCACUGAAGAUCACCAUAUGAAUAAUUUAAAUAAAUUAGUUUUAUUCAUUUUACUUCAUCAAUUAUGCUCAUCACCAAAUAAUACUAACAACAAUAAUGUUAUAACAACUAUAUUAAAUACUCAUUCUGAAUUUAAACAACAAUUACCACAGUAUUUGAUUGUUGUCGAUCAUGAAGAUCAAGAAUUAGUAUUAUAUAAUCGUUUAUUUUUAUAUAUUUAUUAUUCUCUUCUUCGAGAAUUUUGUCAGACAUCUAGAGAGUAUACAAAACAUUUAGCACAACAUAAAAAUUUAUUAUGGGCACUUAAAAAUGUUUUACCCUAUAUACAUUUAUAUCAAAAUGCCUGUGAAGAAUUAGUUAAUAUUGUUAAAUUAAUAUGUAAAAAACAAACACAAUCAAAACUCGAUUCCUCUAUAGAUGUGAAUGUUCUUCAAACGAUUGAUAAUAAUAGCAAUAGUGAUGAACGUAUUAUAUUUGAAUUUAAAAAAGAAUUUUAUCAAUUAUUAUUUCGUCAAUUUGAUGCUCGUAUAUGUUGGUCAACAAUGUUUGAUUUAAUUAAAGAUAUUUGUCCUGGAACAACGACACACGAAGAAUAUUAUCAAAUAAUUAUUCGUCGUGGUCUCUCAACAUUAUCAACAAUAUUUUCUAUUUUAUAUCAAUAUUAUCAUGAACAAUGUUCACCAUUAAGUCAACAUUUAUCAUUUCAAGCCGAUUUAAUUCAAUUAUUAACAUUGUUUUGUCAUUUAUUAGAUACUUAUAAAUAUUAUACUGAUCAAAAACAACAGACAACAUACGUACGUCCAUUAAAAGAUGCUCUUGAACAAUGGAAAGAAAAAAUGGAUUUAUUAACAAAAUUAUUUCAAUUAUUAAAUUCAUUUAAUACAACAGAAUUAAGACAAAAAACAUUUGAUGUUAUUAAGAAAAUAAUUGUUACAUUAAAUAUUCAAGAUUUAACAUUAAUUUGUACUCAUAUUAAAGUUAUUCAUGAACAAUCGAGUAUUCAACAUCAUCAACAGUUAGGACCCUAUUUUCCACGAAGAAAUAUCAAACAACAGACAUUACCACAAAUACCACGACAAAUAUUUCGUCCUCAUUUUGGAAUGUAUUUCAAAACACAAUUAUUAGAAACAUCAAAAGGAAGAGAUUUAGAUUUUGAUCGUAGUGUACAUUCUUAUUAUUCUCCUUAUCAUAAUCUAAUUGAUAAUAUUGCACGUUUAGCCUACAAUCAAACUGCAUUGAAUGGUUCAAUUAUGAAUUUGUUAAUAUUGGUGGCAUGUGAAGGUGCCUAUAUGCAUUUUACGUUUUUUCCGAUAUUAUUUUUAGAAAUCUAUGAUUCAACAGAAACAUCGGCACGUGUCAUUAUUCAAGAUAUAUUACAAACAUCACCAUCUUAUUAUUUACAUCGUUAUAUUGAAAUUGUUCUUAUUGAUGAACGUAUUUCACUAUUUCAAACUGAAAUUUAUCGUUUUUUACAUAUUUAUUUACCUUUAAUACUAAAUGUAUCGACAAAUAGUAGUACUACGUCUACUCAUACAUCGGGUAGUGAUCAAAUAGCAAUAUUUAAUCAACGUUUACAACAAUUAUUAACAAAAACAAUUGAUAUUUGUUUACAAUCAAUUACAAAUGAAAUGCAAACAAAUUUAGAUUUUGUUCAACAUUUUACAUUAAUCGAUUAUUCUCAUAAACAAAUAAUUGGCGAUAUAAAAGCACUUGACUUAUGUUUACAUUGUAAUUUAACAAAUGAUAAAAUUAAAGAAAUAAUUGAAGAAAAUAUUCAAUCUAUUAAACAAAAAUUAGUAUCGACAACGAUCAAUGAUGAUAGUAUUAAUAGUGAAAAUGAUCAACAUGACACUGGUUCAAUAAGUAAUGAUGAUGAUAAUACUAGUACACCAAUAAAAAAACGUCGAUUAGAUGAUAAUACUGAUAAUACAGUAUCAAUAACAAAAUCUUUAUUUAAAACGUCUAAUACUUCACCAUCAACAAUAGAAAAUACAGAUUUAAAACGAAAAGCUAUUACGGAUGCAUUACAAGUAUUAGAAACAUUUCUUGUACAAUUAUCUGUUGUACAACAAUCAUCAACAACUUUACAACCGUUUGAAAUUUUACUUGUUUGUACAACGUCUAUUCUUUUGUUAUUUAAAGCAUUAAUCAUAGCUUUAACGGACUCAUUGGCUGAUAGAGAAAAAAAAGUUCAAGAUAGCGUAUCAACAUCCAUUUAUGAAAUAGGUAAAAAAUUACCAAAAUUAACAACAACAUUAUGUGCAAAUUAUUUAGAAAAACAUCAAAAAUUACCUGAAACUCAUCGUGCAUCAAUUCUUCGCGUUAUUGAACGAAUAUUAAAUUAUCAUACAGAAUCAUGGGAUCAAGAAUCAUUAGAAUUAAUCACAAAAGUAGCUGUUAGUGAAUUAACAAUGCCCAAAGAAAUCAUCCCUGUGUGGCAAACAGCUGCUAGUGAUGUUUUGGUAGAAACUGGUAAACAUGAUCCAAAUCUUGUUUGUACAUCAUUAGCGCCAUUUCUUCAACCGGGUCAAUUACCACAAUUUUUUGUUUUACAAACAAUGGGAAAUUUAGCAGAAGCAAAUCCUAAAGGUAUGGUUCACAAUUUACGAAUGUUAUUUAGUCGAAUUUUACCAAUGAUGGGAAUGGUAAAGCAAGAAAAUUAUCGCUGGGUCUACACUGCUGUUUUAUAUAAAUUUUGUUUGGCAUUAAUUGAUUUUCAAGCAAAUGCUGACGAACAAACACGUGCUACAUUUUCACCACAACAAUUUGAAAAUGAUGCAUUUUCUGCCUAUGAAGUAUUAUUAACUGGAUCAUGGGUGGGAAAUAAAGAUUUGAAAGCAUUAAACUCAAUUGUUUCAUUAGCACAUGAAUGGAAUAGUCCACAUUUGAAACCGUCAAUAGAACUCAUCAUGAAAGAUUUAUUAACUGAAAUUCAAGCAAAUAAUGAAGCGUAUGAAAAUGGUCUUGAACAAGCGGUUAAAAAUCAGAAUGAACUUUUACGAACACUUACAACAUUAGGAAAACAUUCUCCAUCAACAAUUUGGCCUUGGCUCCUUCAACGAAUGGAACAAGCUGGGAACAAUGAUAAAUUACGUAUCGUUCUAUUAGUUAUAUAUCGUCAUCUUGUUUAUACAUAUGGAAAAGAUCCACCAACAACAACCAUAUUUGAUUAUAAAUCUAUACUUGUUUCAAGUUUAAGAACAGUAUUGGGCGUAUCAAAUCCAAAAAUAAUCAAAUAUCUAUCGCAAUUAAUUGUGGCCAUGGCAUGUCAUGGAUAUCUACAAUUAGAAGGACGAACAUAUUUGAUUGAAUACAUUAUUCGAAAUUGUAAUUAUCAAUUGACUGAUGAUAAACCAUUAGUAAUUGAUUCUAUACCAUCGACUGAUGUUCGAAUUAUGUGUCGAAAUAUUUUAAAUGCAUUUAGUUCAACAAUCGAAGGAAUGGAUGAAAUAUUAUGGCCCUUAUUAAUGGAAUUUUUGACACCUGAAAUGUAUACAGGUUCAUUUGGUAUCCUAUGUAAAGCGUUAACACAAGCUGGUACACAACAAAUGAAUAUGAAAAAAGAUACAUUUUGGAUUGAUUAUGAAGCAAUGCCAAAUUUACCUAAGCCAAAUGAAAUAAUCACUCGAUGUUUUUGUUUAUUGGGUGAACCAUUUGCAGAAGAACAGCGUGGAAUAUCAAUAAUGAAUUUUUUAAAAAUAGCUGUUACUGAAUUAAAUCCAAGUUUAAAAGAAUUAUGGGAUAAAGUUAUUCCACGUUUAUUAGAAAAUUUAAAUGAUGAUGCUAAUGCUUGGCAAGAUUUAGUUUUAAAACUUUUAUCUAAAAGUCUCGAUAUUGUUGAUCGUGAAGAUUUUGUUACAGAUAUUGGUGCAUGUUUUUUAAAACAAUUACCAUUAUAUACUAAAUUACCGAAAGAACGUGGUUUUUCUUAUAAAUGUCUUGGUAUUGUAUUACGUAAAUCAAAAAUGAAUGAAUUAAUUAGUCGUACAUUAGAGACAAUGUUAACUACUAUUAAUUUUCAAAAUGAACACGAACGAAUUGGUUGGGCAACAAUGUUUGGUUUUUGUUCAACAACACAUUUAGAUCUUGUUUUACAACGAUUAGAAGGAUUUUUAAAAUUAGAUCCAAAAGGUGGUAGUGGUGGUCUAUUUGGAUUUUUAAAGGAUAAAUCUGAUCCACAAACCGAUAUAUGUCAUUCAACAACAAUAUUAGCUUAUUCUUAUGUAUCAAUUUAUGCACCAUUAGAAUUAAUUGUUUCACGUUUAGAAACGGCAAUAUUAAAAAGUGCAUGUGCAAUUGCUCAUUUGAUCAAAGAUGAAACAGCAAAAUCUAUUGUAGCUAAAUCAUUUGUUAUAUUAGCACAAUCAAUGAAUAAAAAUCAUUUAAAAACAGAUUUUACAUUUGCAUCAAGAAAUUUAAUGAUACAAGAAAUGAGUACGUAUAUUAGUCAAGAUAGUUCCGUAUUAAAACUUAAUCCAGCAACAUAUAGUCAAAUAUUAAAAGCGUGUCAUUCAUUGAUUAUUCUUCAACCGGAACCAACACAAGUUGAACGUUAUAAUUUGGCUCGAACAACAUUUCAAUGGUAUUUUUCAACAAAAACAGAAAUAAAUGCGAAUCAACAAGAAGAUAUUGAAAAAACACUUGGUGCAUUAGCUGUUGAAUUAAUUACAUUAACUGAUCCACAUGAAACAUUUCCAAAUUUAGUUAAUCUUCUUGAACCAUAUUGUCUAUCAAAUGUAACACACGAACGUCAACGUUCAUUUCAAAUUUUAAAUGAAAUUGUUUAUGCUGACUCAUUGAAUUAUGGUUUAAAAGAACAGAAUUCAUCCGAUGUUGGUGGAGCAUUAGCACUCUGUCUUAUACAUAUUACAGAUUCAGAUGCUAAAGUUCAAUCACUGGCUGAUAAUUGCCUGCAGAAACUUUUACGUUUACAACCAUACUUCACUAUAGAAACAAAUCCUGAUUCAAUAAUGCAAAAUAAUGGUAAAAUCGAUGAUGAAGAUAGAGUAGAAAAAGAUGAAACAAUUCAAAAUUUAUCAAGUAAAUUAUCACCGCUUUGUUUAUUGCCAUUUGUUGAAAAAUGUAUCGAUAUAAUAUCGGAUGUUAAAUAUGAAGGGAGUAUAAUGGCAUGUAAUGUUUUAUGUAAAGUAUUUGCUGUACGAUGUGGUGAAUUAACAGAACAGAUUGAAUAUUUAUUUACGGUUAUGUAUGAAAAAUACAAUAAAUUGACAAAUGAUGAUUUAUUAAAAUCAUUACGUUCAUCAUUUAAACAAUUGAGCAUUUCAUGUCCAACACGUGUAUUUCAAACAUUAAUGAAUUUUGGUGUACCGUACAAUAAAAAUUUAGUGACUAUUAUUCAUGAUAUGGCAGACAAUCGUGAAUUAACAGAAGCUGUUUUAGCUCAAAUAAUGGAAUGUUGGUCACGAUCAUUGCCAUACGAUGAAAAAGAUUCACAACGUUAUUCAACAGCGAAUCCAUUGAUGGCAUUAUAUCUUCUGAAUGAAUGGCUUCAAUCUAGUCGCAUGUGUGAUUUGGGUUCUUAUGCUUUUCCUCGUUUAUUUGUUGCUCUAUUCAUACGUAUGGCAUCAAAUGUCGAUGCUCUUCCACCCUUAAAUAUACCACCUAUUCGUCGUGUUUCACCUCGAUCCGCCACAAUCACAACACCUGUACCAACAGCAGAACCCGGUAAACGUGCAUCAGAGUCAUCAUCUAAAAGACUGAGUCUGUUUGAAUCAAAAUCGUCUCGUUCGUCCACAUCACAGUCUACUCAAUCACAACAACAAUCGCAAAAUCAACCGAUAAAUGAUUUAAAAAAAAUUGAAUCAUGGAAAUUAUCAAAUGAUUGUAUGAAAAAUUUUUUACAUGUCUAUAAACUUGACCAUAUCAAUGAUUUAAUGACAUGGUCAAAUAUGGCUAAAGAAGAUACGUGUCAUAGCGGUUUUGAAACACUAGCUCAAGGUUUAUGUAGUAAUGGAUUAGUAACAACAGAACAUUUAAAUGUUAUCAUCGAAAUGUUAACAAGUGUACUCGAUGGACCGUAUGAUAUUCAACGAAUAUGUGUUACAUCAUUUUUCGCUCAAAUGAUUAAACUAAAACGCAAUAUUGAACUACAACAAGAAAAUUAUCGUCUUGCACAAGAUUUAAUACAUAGUCUCUUAGGACGUUUAGUCGAUCAAAAUAUCAAUGUUAGAAAAUUUUGUUUAAGAGGACUGGGAAAUACACCGUUGAGAGAUUUACAACAGGACAGAAAUUUACCAACAACAAUAUUGGCUUCUCUUAUAUCCGGUCUCGAUGAUCGCGAUGAUAAAAAUGAUUUACUUACAUUAGAGGCAAUGUGUUCAUUAUCAAAUGUGAUCGAUGUUAUUAGUGAAGAUGAAGUGCGACCAAUUUUAAUGAAUGUUCUAUUACGUAUUCGACCAUGUUUUGAAAAAGAUGCUCCAGAAGUUCGUCGUGCUUCGUUCACCUUGUUUGGAAAAAUGGCAUCAAUUAUAGAUGGUCCAUCACGCGAAUCAUUUAUUGAACAAAUAUUUUCCUCUCUAAUUACGUUAACAUUACACUUAAAUGAUCCAAGUGAUUUGGUUAAAGAAAGUUGUAAAACAUGUUAUCAAGCUCUUGCACCAUUACUUGAACAAAAAUCAUUAAAUGAUUUAUUAAAAAAAACAUUUGUACCAAAUGAACCAUUCCACUACGGUGAAUUUAUUGAUGAUCUAUGUAAAAUUCUUGUUACACAGUACCCGUUUAAAAUUAAUUUCUUUAUUAUGAAUUGUAUCAUGUUUUUCAAAAGUCCUGUUCCAGAACUGCGUGCAAAUGCAGCGAUUGUAGCAGGAUAUUUGUUAUUUAAUUUGAAUGAGGAACAAAUCCGAUCAUUGUCAAAAGAACAUAUACUUAAUGCAUUUAUUGUUCUGUUGAAAGAUUCAUCGACUGAUGUACGGUGUCGAACAGCUGAAGCGAUUAGUUUUAUGUAUCAAUUUUAA